AUUGAAUUGCGAUUGUUAUCAAAUGCUAUAAAAAGGGAGCAAAAAAUACAAUUAUAUUCAGUCAUUAAUUGCAGGAAAAAUGAUGCUUUCAGUGAUAUUCCUAUUGUCUGCCACUUUAUUAAGUGGUUGUGCGGCGGACUGGCAUCAGGUCUGGUCUGAGGAGUUCAACGGGAGUGGAAGUCCGAGUGAUGCCGAGUGGUGGUAUCAGACCGGAGGCGGAGGUUGGGGUAAUAAUGAGCUCGAGUUUUACACACAAAAGCACACAAACAACGCUCGAGUAGAGAACGGACACCUUGUCAUUCAGGCCCGCGUUGAGGAACAGGGGGGCCGACACUUCACAUCCGCCCGAAUGGACUCCCAUAAGGGCUGGACAUACGGCAAGUUCGAGGCCAGAGCUAAACUACCGAAAGGCAAACAUUUAUGGCCCGCCAUUUGGAUGAUGCCUCAGAGCGACGUUUAUGGCUCAUGGGCAGCGAGCGGUGAAAUCGACAUAAUGGAGGCCAGAGGCCAGAAACCGCGAGUAACUCAGGGCACAAUCCACCAUGGUGGUGUCGCCCCUAACAAUGUAUGGCACGGUUCUGGAGAGCGUGAUCUGGGCGUUGAUUUCUCGGCCGACUUUCACUUAUUCAGCAUCGAAUGGGACCGAAAUGGUAUCAAAUGGUUGGUCGACGGCAAGGAAUACCACUACGAAGGCAUCAAUAAGAAUAUGUGGUCGGGAAAGGGCCCGAACCCAUACAACCACAAUGUGGCCCCAUUUGAUCAGCCCUUCCAUUGGAUACUAAACAUAGCGGUCGGCGGAAACUUCUUCCCCGAAAGUCAAUACGGAAAACAAGUGACUGUCGAAGAGGCGAGACAUUGGGAAAAGCCCACAAUGGAAAUCGAUUACCUCCGCGUUUAUCAAUGGAAAUAA